ACUGAAAGCUCGUGUCUUGGGCUGUUUGGAGGGUUUAGAAGAGACAUACAGACAGUGUGAGUGCUUGAGCUGGGGAAAUGAGCGAUUCAGGUUGAGAGACGAUGAUGUUGAUGAUACGGAGUGCCAAAGCUUUGAGAUUCAUGGAGACAGCAGGUACCCUGAGAACUUAUCUAUUCCACAGAACCCCAUACGAGCUCUUGUCUUUCGUCUGCGAAAGAACCUUCUCUGGUGGUAGCGAUAGAAAUCGCUCUUCCUACAAAGAGAGACUGAGAAGUGGGAUUAUUGGUAUCAAGAAGGAUGAUGCUGUCGCUCUGUUUCAGUCCAUGCUUCGGUCUCGUCCUCUUCCUACAAUCAUAGAUUUCAACAGAUUGUUUACUGCAAUGGCCAAAACAAAACAGUAUGAUCUCGUGUUGGAUCUCUGCAAGCAGACGGAAUUGAAUGGGGUUGCACAUAACAUCUACACUCUCAACAUUAUGAUCAAUUGCUUCUGCCGUCUCCGGAAACUCGGUUUUGCUUUCUCUGUGAUGGGAAAGAUGUUGAAGCUUGGUUAUGAGCCCGACAGAGUCACAUAUAACACCCUUCUCAAUGGCUUAUGUCUCGAGGGUAGAGUCUUUGACGCUGUGGAGUUAGUUGAUUGUAUGGUCCUAAGCCAACAUGUACCAGAUCUCAUCACCCUCAACACUCUUGUCAAUGGACUUUGUCUCAAAGAUAGAGUGUCUGAAGCAGUGGAUUUAAUAGCUCGAAUGAUGGCUAAUGGAUGUCAAGCCGAUCAGUUUACCUAUGGUCCAAUCUUGAACAGAAUGUGUAAGUCUGGGAACACUACAUUGGCCUUGGAUCUACUCACAAAGAUGGAAGAUAGAAAAGUCAAGCCUCAUGUAGUCACAUACAAUAUUAUUAUCGAUAGUCUUUGCAAAGAUGGGAGCCUCGACGAUGCACUCAGCUUUUUCAGUGAAAUGGAAACCAAAGGGAUCAAAGCAGAUGUCUUUACCUACACCUCUCUCAUAGGAGGCUUCUGUAGUGUUGGUAAAUGGGAUGAUGGUGCACAGUUGCUGAGGGAUAUGAUUCGAAGGGAAAUCACCCCGAACGCCAUCACUUUCAGUUCUUUGAUUGAUAGUUUUGUGAAAGUGGGAAAGCUUUCUGAGGCUCAAGAUCUGUACAACGAGAUGAUCAAAAGAGGCACAGAUCCUGACACCAUUACAUAUAAUUCUUUGAUAUAUGGGUUGUGCAUGGAGAAGCGCUUAGAUGAGGCCAGAGAGAUGCUGGAUCUGAUGGUUAGCAAGGGAUGUGAUCCAGAUAUUGUGACUUAUAGUAUCCUUAUAAACGGCUACUGCAAGGCUAAACUGGUUGAUGAAGGUAUGAGACUUUUCCGCAAAAUGUCUGUCAAAGGAGUGGUUGGCAAUACAGUGACUUAUAGCACUCUCAUCCAAGGGUUUUGUCAAUCUGGAAAACUUAAUGUUGCCAAAGAACUCUUCCAAGAGAUGGUUUCUGAAGGUGUUCAUCCUAAUACUAUGACUUAUGGUAUUUUGCUGGAUGGGUUGUGUGAUAAUGGAGAAGUAGAGGAAGCCAUGGAAAUACUUGAGAAAAUGCACAAUAGUAAGAUGGAUCUUGACAUUGGUAUAUAUAGUAUCAUCAUUCACGGGAUGUGCAAUGCAAAUAAGGUCGAUGAUGCUUGGGAUCUAUUCUGCAGCCUCUCUCUCAAAGGAGUGAAGCGUGAUUUUCGGUCAUACAACAUAAUGUUGUCAGGAUUAUGUAAGAGGAGCUCAUUGUCUGAAGCGGAUGCAUUGUUUACAAAAAUGAAGCAAGAUGGGUAUGAGCCAGAUGGUUGUACAUGGAACACACUAAUCCGAGCUCAUCUCCGAGGUGGUGACUUAGCAACAUCAGCUAAACUUAUAGAAGAAAUGAAGAGUUGUGGGUUCUCUUCAGAUGCUUCCACCGUAAAGAUUGUUAUGGAUAUGCUAUCGAGUGGUGAAUUGGACAAAAGCUUUCUAGAUAUGCUUUCUGGUCCUUCUCGAGAGAUAGCAUCAUCGUUGGAUUGAAAUAAAUCUUCUUGUGGCGCUGAAAAUUCAAUGAAUCGUCAAAGAUCACUACCAGCACGAUCAUAACCAUUACCAAGAUUCUGACUCUGGCUGCUCCUCUUUCCUCCGUGGCUGGUUCGUCCCUCCUAACUGAAUCUUGGUUAACUCAUUGUGUCGGGUAAAUGAAGCUAUAAUUGAGAGUUUGAGAUUUUAUGUAUUGCUUUUUUUUUAGAUUCUCUUCUGAGCGAUUGAUUGAUCCGUGACACCUUUGGAGCUUAUUUGUCUGUGGGUUUAAAGGAUCACUAACUAAUGUUUUUUGGUUCAUUGAACAAGUCAGUGUUUCUGUUUCUGAUGUUUGGAAC